AUGAACCCCAACCAGACCUUAUUCUUCUCUCACACCGAAUUCCUGCUCCUUGGUUUCCCUGGGAUCUCGAAAGCCCGACCGCUGGUGGUGAUCCCGUUUCUUUCCAUCUACGUGGUCAUCUUGACCGGCAACUCGCUCGUCAUCCACCAGAUCCGGAUCGAGAAGUCCCUUCAGUCCCCCAUGUAUUACCUCAUCUCCCUCUUGUUUGCCGUCAACAUCACCAGCACGAGUGUCGUUUUGCCGAAAUUCCUCUUGGGUUUGGCGUUUAAUCUGAACGAGGUCACCCUCCACGGCUGCCUGGCGCAGAUGUUCUGUAUCUACUUCUUGGCCAUAUUUGAAUCCAGCGUCGUCCUUCUCAUGGCCCUGGACCGGUACGUGGCCAUCUGCAGACCGCUGCACUAUCACCACAUCAUGACCAAACCUUUUCUGCUACGGCUUGGUCUAAUCGGCCUGCUGCGCGGCGGCGUUCUGGUCUCCCCGUUGGUUAUUUUGGCGUCUAGGGUCCGAUUCUGCGGAUCCAACGUCAUCCUGAACUUUGCUUGCGAGAACAUGGCGCUCCUGAGCCUGGCGUGCGGGGAUGUCUCCAAGUCGCAAGUGGCCGGGAUGGCCGUUAGGGUCCUCGUCACGGUGAUAGACGUGGCCUUCCUCCUCGUAUCCUACUCCGGCAUUCUCUACACGGCCAUGAAUAUUGCUGCCGGGAAAGCCAGACACAAAGCCCUUCACACGUGCAGCACUCACUUGUCGGUGGCCGUGUCCAUUUACCUCUCGGCCCUCUUGGCGUCCGUUGUCUACCGCAUGGAGACCGUUUCCUACGACGUCCAGAACCUGUUCAGUGCCGUAUACCUCAUGGUGCCGGCCACGCUCAACCCGUUUAUCUACGGCCUGCGGGUGAAGGAGAUCCGAGAGUGUCUGGCCAGGUCCUGGCGUAAGCGGAACGCGUCGCCGGCGCACAAACGCGUGAACAGGACCUGAAAUCGUCCUU